GUGUCCAACCAUCCCAUCAUCAAUUCCCCUCCAAACCUCCCCCUCCCUCAAUCCACAACCACAAUCACAACCACAACCACAUCCAAAACCACAACCACAUCCAAAACCACCACCAAACCAUGACCACUCUCGCCCCCUCCUCCACAUCCCCAGAGAAUUCCGAAUCUCCAUCUCCAAAACAAGCACGCGUCUAUCUAAACAAUCUCCUCUGCAAAACCCUACUCGUUCACACCACCGAUCAUCGCAUGUUUCGGGGGGAAUUCAAAUGUACCGAUUCUGAUCUCAACAUAAUCCUCUCCGAAACCUACGAAUAUCGCAUUCCGCCCACUCCGCCUCCCGCCCUCUCCCCCGACCCCAACUCCAACUCCAACUCCACAACCCUCCAAUCCCAAUCCCAAUCCCAAUCCCAGCCCCAGCCCCAGCCCCAGCCCCAGCCCCAGCCCCUCCUCAACAUCACCCCCCGCUGGCUCGGUCUCGUCGUCGUGCCCGGCGCCCACAUCCUGCGCAUCGAACUCGAAGAAUUCGAAAGCCAAGUCCGAGGUCGCAAAUCCUAAAAAUCCUAAAUAUAUAUAUAAAAACCCUUACAUCUUCCGAUCCAUUUCGACUCAUACAAUAUGCGCUGGUCAAGAAUACCCA